AAACUGCUGUUACACAAAAGACACAUUGAUAUAUGGCAAAAUGGAUGAGAUAUCAUGUCAGCAGAAAAAAUUAACUACUCUACAGGAACAGCUUCAUGUGAUGGAGACUAAGCUCACAGUAACUGGUGAUCCUGAGGAGCAGAAUAUACAGUCUCUCAGGAUCGUGCUGAUUGGGAAGACUGGCAGUGGAAAGAGCUCUUCAGGAAACACAAUACUAGGAAAAAAAGAAUUUAAAGCUGAAUCAAGUCACACAUCAGUCACACAGUGUUGUCAAAAAGCACAUGGUGAGGUGGACGGUCGUCCUGUUGCUGUGGUCGACACUCCUGGACUGUUUGACACAACUCUGUCAAACGAGAACGUUCAAGAGGAGUUGGUAAAAUGCAUCAGUCUUCUGGCUCCAGGUCCACAUGUCUUCCUGUUGGUGUUACAGAUUGGUCGACUCACAGAAGAGGAGAAAGAGACUUUAAGGCUCAUCAAGGAAGUCUUUGGCAAGAAUUCAGAAAUGUUCACCAUUGUUCUUUUUACAAGAGGAGAUGCACUGCAAAAUGAUGAAACGUCCAUUGAAGAGUACAUUGAAAAGGGAUCUAAUGCUUCCUUUAGAAAACUUAUUUCUGACUGUGGAGGAAGAUACCACGUGUUUAAUAACUAUGAUAAACAAAAUCAAAAACAAGUCAGUGACCUGAUGACAAAGAUUGACGCCAUGGUGAAGCACAACAGAGACAGCUACUUCACCAAUGAGAUGCUGCAAGAGGCUGAAGCUGCAAUACAGAAAGAAAUGAAGAGAAUCCUGAAAGAAAAGGAAGAAGAGAUGAAGAAACAGAAGGAGGAGCUUGAAAAUACGUAUGAGGAGAAAAUUCAGUCUAUGAAAAACAGAAUGGAAGAACAGAGAGCAGAAAUUGAACAAGAGAGAGAACUCAGGGUCAGACAGCUUAAUGAAAAGGAGGAAAACAUACGAAAGGAGCGAGAGCAGAGGAAGAGAGAACAAGAAAUUAGAAAUGAUGAAGAAAAGAAAAGAAAAAUGCAGGAAGAACGUCAACAACAGGAGUGGGAAAAGGAACGAGAAGCUUUGGAGAAAAAAAUCAAGUCAGAAUCAAAGGAAAAGGAAACAAUUGACAGAAAACUGGAACAGAGUAGAAAAGAGAUGGAAGAAAAACGAGAGGCCUGGGAGAAGGAAAAAAACAAAUGGUGGGAAAAGCGACACCAAGAAGACGACAAGAGACGUCAGGAGGAGCGAGAAAAACUAAAAAAGCUCCAGGAAGAGUAUGAAGAGGAAAAAAGAAAAUAUGACCAUCAACGAAAGGAAGAAGACCGAAAGAGAAGUGCACAAGAAGAGAAGGAACGAAAAGAACUGGAGGAUAACUAUAAGCAAAAAAUGGAAGACAUGAAAAAGAGUUAUGAGGAGGAGGCAAGAAAACAAGCUGAAGAGUUCAAUGAGUUCAAAGAAAAAUACACCAAAGACCUUCAAGCUCUGAUGUUAAAACAUGCGACAGAACUGAAGGAUUUAAUGCAACAGCAUGAAACAGAGGUACAACAGAAAGAAACAGAAAUGCAGGAGAAAGAGAAAGAACACAGCGAACAGUACAGGGUCUUAGAAGAACUGUCAAAACGCAAAGAAACCACACUCAGAGAUGAUUUGGAGAAAAAAGAUAAAGCACUAAAAGGAGAAAAGGAUGAUAAACAGAAAAUUGUAGAUGAUAAAAAGGCAAGAGAAGAAGAAAUUAAAAAACUGAAGGAACAACAACAAAAAGAAAUAGAUGAUUUUUAUAACCUACAUGUCAUGAAGAUCAAGAAGUGCACAAUCUGUUGAUCGUCCAUCCUAACAACAAAUAUUUUAUUUAUUCAGCACCCACCAGUAUCUAUAACUCUCUGUAACUCAGUAACAGUAAGUCAUGUAGUUGUAUUUACAUCCUUUUUUUUCUCCAGUGUAUUUGGAAAUUUUUGUUUAUUGGAGUAACUAAAAAAAAUAACUUUAAUUAAAAGAAAGCUUUGUAUAUAACAUUUGUCUUUCAUUGUAUACCACUUUAAUGUUACAGUUUUAAGUGUCUUUUAAAAACGUUACUUUUUUUAUUAGUUAUUGGAGAAACUGUAUGAACUAACAUUAACAGUCACAUGACCUUUUUCUUUUUUUGAAUUUGUUUUAGGGAAAUUUAAACAAAGUUUGUGAGGCAAGCUGCCUCGACCGGAUGGGACAAAAGACAUUUGUGGAAGAGAACCAGAGAUUAGUGAUAUUUUGUAGUUGUAGUAAUGAUGAUGAUAAUAAUAAUGAUAGUAAUAAUAAUAAUAGGUUAAUAAGAACUGAUAAUUAAAUGCAUAGUGAGAGAAAAAGAUGACAGAAGAAGAAAUACUCAUUGCAUCAUGGGA